GUUCGAGUUUAAAGCACGUGCUUGCGAACGCCGCUUUACCUCCCUAGGUAGCGCCACGAGCUCAGUAUACAAAAUGGCGACUAUGCAGCAGAAAGCGUUUUGUGUGUUAGAGUACGCGCGAUGUUUAUCGGUUGUUACAGUGCAACGUGCAUUCCGACGGCGGUCAUCAGAGCAUUCUACGAUGGUAUCGACAAUUCAAGAAGACAGGUUCCAUUACUAAACGUAAAAGUACCGGAAGACCAUGAGUUCCUGACGAAAUGAGUCCGUGUGGCGUCCCCCCCUUUCCCCUGUAUCCCCCUAUAGCCCCACGGGACCCAAUGGGUGUUUAGGCCUUAGGCCUUCGUGGUAGUUGGAGUAUGAAAAAAAAAUCAAGAAAGGGUAGAAAUAACAAAACUAUUUACCAAAAUGGGAGCAUUGCAAGAGCGACUGCCGGUUGUUUAAUGCAAUACAUCAUAACAAAAAUAUAACGAAUAACGAUCAGUAUGGGGCUAAGUUGGUAAGAAAAUUUAAAGAAACUAGGUAUGUGUCUAAUAUCCGCCGUAAUCGUCAUCGAGAAAAUCGACCAGUUAGAAAGCCGCAGAAAUAUCAGUUUUGGAACACGUAGCACUUGACAACACCCAAAACACUCGAGCUGCCUACUUCGGAUUCUGAUAGAAGGUUGGAGUUUUGAGAAUUAAUGUCCCAGCGUUUAAUCAACAAUGCAAAUCUGUUAUUUAAUAUUCGUUUCUCGGAUGAGUGUACGUUCUAUUUACACGAUGCAGUAAAUAAACAUAAUUGUCGAUACUGGAGUGACUCGAAUUCACAUUUGUUUUGAGAGGUACACUUGAAAAAAUAAAUGUGUGGGCCGGCAUUUCCGGAAAUCAUAUUACAGGACCUUUAUUCCUGGAAGCUUGACGAGCGAGACGUAGUUGGACAUGUUAGAAAAUACAAAAGAGCCACGAAUUACCAUAAUAAUAGAAACUGUUGUUAAUUAUAAUGAAAAUUAGAUUCAUUUCCAACAAGAUGAUGCGCUGCUAGUGCGGCAGUUUAUGGACAUCCAUUUACCGAAUCAGUGGAUCGGCAGACGAGAUCUCCGGACCUAAGAGUAUUUUAUUUAGGGGCAUUUGUAGCAUAAUUUUUGUGUGUGAAACCAUUCAUGCUCCUCGUCAGUGGACUAAGGAUGAAUGUGCAUAAAUAACUCAAGACAUUCUUGAAAAUGUGAGGAAUAGAUUCAAACAUAAUCUUUAUCGUUACGUUGAGGUGAAUAUACAUCAUUUUGAACACAUAUUACCACAUUGACCUACCUCUUUAUACUUUAAGUUUAAUGUGCGUGUAAAUAGACUGUAUUUUUUUUUUGUUUUUUCAAUACCUGGAGACUUGUUUUUAAUUUUGAAUUAAAUUUUUUUUACUAUGGGAACUAUAUUGAUUAUUAUGUUUACAAUAUAAUUAAUUCCUUUUCAUCACAAUUUCUAGAACUUGAUUAUAAGCUCAAAUAGAUUCAACGAUUGAAGAUGGGUAUAAACUUUAUUAUACAAAAAUUACUAAAAACUUCAUGCAGAAUCUAAGAAUUAAAAAAAAUGGGGGUUUCCAUUUAAAAAUCUAAAGUGUAACACAAUAUCACCCUGUAUUGUUUUUCCUAAAAUAUACCAGGAGAGUCACAAAUGGGGGUGCGACAUUUUCGUUAGGCCACCCUGUAUAUUGAAGUAACCAGUGGCAUACCAGAACUCAAGAAAUUAGUUUCACAACAACCAAUAUGCUCCAUUGAUGAAAUUCCAGACAUGAAAAAUAACAUCAAAGUCAAUAAUAUACUAAGUGACAUAUAAAUCCGAACACCCAGUUUAAAUGGUUUUAUUUUAAUAAAAGUUGGUGAAUGUAUUUAUCUUACUGUAAAUAACAAGUGAAACAUUUUUCAGCCUUAUCAGUUGGACAUUCCGGUUUUUAUACUGGUUUUUUUUUUUAAUUCACUAUCGCUCUAAAAAUGAAUAUUUCAGCCGCAGUAAAGAAUCAACGUUGGCGGAUUUUGGUUCUUGACAUCCUUUACGAUCGGUUACGAUGCCUAGAGUACGGAGACCUGUACGAUUUCGUCAACUUAGUGAGUUUGAUAGGGGCCGUAUAGUGGGACUUCGGAAAGCUGAACUUUCUUUUCGGGCAAUUGCAGUUAGAGUGCAAAGAAGUGUAGACACUGUGGUUAGGUGUUGUCAGGCAUGGCUUCGAGAAGGCCGUACGCAAAGAGCAAGGGGCACUGGACGCCGCCGUAGAACAACAGACCGUGAAGAUCGCCGCCUAAGAUUAUUGGCCUUAAGGGACCGUUUCUCCACUACCAGGUCCAUUGCAGAUGAAUGGUUUGCAGAACAUGGAAGACCUAUCGGCAUGCGAAGUGUUUACCGAAGAAUGAGAAGUUUUGGCUUGUUUUCAUACCGGCCACACUGGGUCCUCCCUUUUACUCGAGAACACCGACGUAAUCGCCUUGAGUGGUGCAGACAACGGUCACUCUGGGAUCAGGAAUGGAACAGUAUUGUCUUUAGUGACGAGUCUCGAUUUUGUUUAGGCAUGCACGAUGGUCGUGCCAGGGUUAGAAGGCGACGUGGUUCCAGGUCACCUUUAAUCUUCAUCAGAGGUAACAUGAACGCGCAGCGUUAUAUCCACGAAGUUCUAGAACCCCAUCUUUUACCCUAUCUUGACACCCUGGCAGAUCCAACUUUCCAACAAGAUAAUGCCCGACCACAUGUUGCAAGAGUCACAAUAGACUUCUUUCAACAUAAUGAUGUCACAUGUGUGGGAUAUGAUGGGUAGGAGAUUGCUCAAUUUGCAACGUCCUCCUCAGACUCUAGAAGCACUUCGAGAGUAGUUGGUGGUUGCCGGGAAUGAGAUACCACAGGAGGACAUUGACCACCUGAACAGAAGCAUGCCUAGGCGCGUUGGAGAAUGCGUAGCACAUCAGGGUGCAUCCACACAUUAUUAAAGGUCAAAGGGCUUUAAAUCAGUGCAAUCAUUUUGAAAUGUUUGUCAUUUACUUAUUAUGCUUCAUUAAGUACUUAUACAAAAUUUUAUUAAAAUAAAACCAUUUAAACUGGGUGUUCGGAUUUAUAUGUCACUUAGUAUAUUUUACUUAUCACUAACUCUCAUACAAAUAAUACUUUUUCUUUAGUCAGAAUCGUCUG